AUGACGACUCCAGCUGCAUGUGAGGCCGGCGGUUCGCAAGCUGCCCCUCCGGCACCUGGUGUCGACCCCAAUGCUGUCCCAACGGCCGAGACGUUGAUCGCCGCGUGGGACCUUACCGUCCGCGACCGGGAUGGGAAAGAAGUCCCUUUCAAGGAUAUCGUGAAUGCGUCUCCUCGGGUGCUAGUUAUCUUCAUCCGGCAUUGGUUCUGCCCCGUGCUGAACAGCCUGCCCGUAAAAACAUCCAUCGCCAUCAUCGGCAGCGGCGACCACCAACUCAUCGACCACUGGAAGAAGCAGGCGAAUUGCCCCUUCCCGACGUACGCGGAUAAGGCUCUCAAGCUGUACAAGGCCUUCGGCCUGCCCCGCGCCAUGGGUGCGCAGGACGGUUCCGAGUACUACAACAUGACCGCCUUCCAGGGCUUCGUCAAGGCCAUGUCGCAGGUUAUCUGGAUGCCGCACAAGGCCCUCAAGGCUGGUGACCCGGCCCAGAAUGGCGGCGAGCUUCUCUUUGAGCCCGCUUCCUCGGGCGAGAAGGGGAAGGAGGUGACGUGGUGUCACCGGAUGCAGCAUGCUGCGGACCACGCUAAGUUUGAGGAUGUUUUCGAAAAGUUGGCCAUUGAGAAUGUCGCGAAGGCUGGGAGCCAGCGUGACGGUCUUUGA